AUGGCAAAUCUGUGUAGCAGACUCUUCUCGUGCUGCGGAAGUCGCUCGAAAGUCGACUACGAAAAUGUCCUUGCGGACUCGGAGCGCGAAGCAGUCGCAGACCUGCUGAAUUACCUCGAAAAUAGAGCCGAGACCGACUUCUUCUCCGGCGAGCCUUUAGCCGCGCUCUCCACCCUCGUAUACAGCCAGAACAUCGACCUGCAACGGAGCGCGAGCUUGACGUUCGCCGAGAUCACAGAAAGAGGCAUGUUCGAAGAAUGGAGCGUGGACAGAGAGAAUGAUGCUAACUCGCAUACACAGACCUCCGAUAUUGAGGUUCAGCGUGCAGCCUCCGCCGCGCUGGGUAAUCUUGCCGUCGAUGGCCAGAACAAAACACUCAUCGUCUCCUUGGGCGGCCUCACACCUCUCAUCCGACAAAUGACCAGCCCGAAUGUCGAAGUUCAAUGCAACGCGGUCGGCUGUAUAACGAACCUGGCCACACAUGAAGAGAACAAGGCUCGGAUCGCUCGAUCGGGUGCUCUUGCGCCGUUGACGAGGCUGGCAAAGAGCAAGGACAUGAGGGUACAACGCAAUGCUACUGGUGCAUUGCUGAACAUGACACAUUCGGACGACAACCGACAACAACUUGUUUCCGCCGGCGCAAUACCAGUCCUCGUCAGCCUGCUCAGCAGUUCAGACACCGAUGUCCAAUAUUACUGCACGACCGCCCUCAGCAAUAUUGCCGUGGACAGCACGAACAGGAAACGACUAGCACAGACCGAGACGAAGUUGGUGCAAAGCUUGGUGCACUUGAUGAAGGGACAGGCGCCCAAAGUGCAGUGCCAGGCUGCUCUCGCUCUCAGAAAUCUGGCCAGCGACGAAAAAUAUCAACUGGAAAUCGUUCGAGCUGGAGGUCUGCCACCAUUACUCGACCUGCUACGAAGUAGCUAUCUUCCACUUAUACUCUCGGCGGUGGCAUGCAUUCGCAACAUCAGUAUACAUCCCAUGAACGAAUCACCCAUCAUCGAUGCCGGAUUCCUGCGCCCACUGGUGGAUCUCCUUGGUUCUACCGACAACGAAGAAAUUCAGUGUCACGCCAUCUCUACACUUCGCAACUUGGCGGCCUCAUCAGAUCGGAACAAGCAAUUGGUGCUUCAGGCGGGUGCAGUGCAAAAGUGCAAGGAGCUGGUUCUGGAGGUACCUCUGAGCGUGCAAUCCGAGAUGACGGCAGCGAUUGCGGUGCUCGCACUAUCAGAUGAGCUGAAGCCACAGCUGCUGGAGCUGGGCGUCUUUGACGUGCUCAUUCCACUGACAGAGAGCGAAAGUAUUGAGGUUCAAGGGAAUAGCGCAGCCGCUCUUGGCAACCUCAGCAGCAAAGUCGGCGACUACUCGCUUUUCCUUUCCUCGUGGAAUCAACCUUCAGGCGGCAUCCACGGCUACCUGAAUAGAUUUCUGGCCUCCGGCGAUCCGACAUUCCAACACAUCGCGAUCUGGACUCUCCUGCAACUCCUCGAAUCUGGCGAUCAAAAGCUCACGGAAACAAUCAACAAGUCCGAGGACGUCAUGAACAUGGUCCGCGAAAUCAGCGAGAAGACGAUCGAGUCAGAAGACGAAGGCGAAGAAAGUGAGGAUGGCGAGGCAGUGAAGGACAAGAAGUUUGUCUUGCGUCUGUGGUCCGUUCCACGCACUCUUCGACAUUUGCCUGCCAGCCUGAGCGGAAGUGAACUCCAGGCGAUCUCAGCGGCAUUCACAAUCUGCAAAUCUCUGUCGGAAUCGAUUCGAAGGAGAGCCACAUGCCAUGCCAGCGCACGAUAA